AUAUAUUUUAACUAUAAACACAUACAUCAAACAUGGGUGCUUAUAAAUAUCUUGAAGAGCUUUCCAGAAAGAAACAAUCCGAUGUCUCUCGUUUCUUACUUCGUGUAAGAUGUUGGGAAUUCAGGUACACAGAAUCCUCUGAUUCUAUUUAGGCUUGAAUACGCCUUCUAUUUUUCAAGAAAUUGAAAUUUAGAAGAGUUUAAUAAAUUCAUCCGAUGAAUGAUUGUACUCUGAGACUCAUGCAGGAAAAAUUUCUUUUUUGGUUUUUUUUUUUAAUUUGUAGACAAUUAAGCGUUAUCCAUCGUGCUUCUCGUCCUUCUCGCCCUGAUAAGGCCCGUCGUUUAGGUUACAAGGCCAAGCAAGGUUUCGUUAUCUACCGUAUCCGUGUUCGUCGUGGUGGUCGUAAGAGACCUGUUCACAAGGGUGCUACCUUUGGUAAGCCCGUCAAUGAGGGUGUUAACCAACUCAAGUACCAACGUUCUCUCCGUUCCACCGCUGAGGAACGUAUUGGUCGCAAGUGUGCCAACCUCCGUGUGUUGAACUCUUACUGGGUCAACCAAGAUGCUACUUACAAGUACUUUGAAGUCAUCCUUGUCGAUCCUUCCCACAAGGCCAUCCGUCGUGAUGCUCACAUUAACUGGAUUGCCAACCCCGUUCACAAGCGUCGUGAAGCUCGUGGUCUUACUGCUAUCGGUCGUAAGUCUCGUGGUCACGGUAAGGGUCAUCGUUUCAACAACACUAAGGGUUCUGGUCGUCGUGCCACCUGGAAGCGUCGUAACACUCUUUCUCUCCGUCGUUACCGUUAAAAAACAAAUCAUAAUACCAUUUCAUCUAAUAAAUAAUUCGCAUUUUUUCUUGUUUGAU